CCACCACUCCGCCAUCCACCUCACCGCCACCCAUGGCCGCUGCGGCCAUGGCGUCCUCCCCGGCGGCCUCCCACCUCCGCCACCCCCCUCGCCUCCGCCUCCUCCUCCUCUCCUCCCGCCCUCUCUCCACCUCCGCCUCCUCCCCCUACCCGUGGCUCUCCGCCUGGUCCCGCCCCGGCCGGCGCGGCCGCCUCCGCGCGCCGGCCUCCGCGCUCGACCUCCGCCCGGAGCCCUCGCCCUCCUCCGACUCCGACGACGAGGACGCCGUCGGCGCCAGCCGCUCCUCAGGCCGCUCCACCAUGGCCCUCAUCCUCCGCCGCCUCCAGCGCGCCGGCUUCUCCCCGGAGGCGCCCCCGGCGCCCCCGCCGACGCACCCGCCGCGGGGGUCCGUCGAGGACGUGUUCCGCGCCGACGACGGCGUGCUCCCCAACGCGCGCGGCGGGUUCGACCCCGACACCUCCUACGCCGGGGAGGAGGAGGAGGGGCGGGCGCUCGGGGACGCGCGGUUCCCGUGGGAGCGCCCGAUGCCGCCGCCCGAGGCCGCGCCGCGGGCCGCGCGGUCGCCGACGUGGAUGGCCGAGCUGACGCUCCCCGCCGCCGAGCUCAGGCGGCUGCGGCACGCGGCCAUGAGGGUCAAGUCGAGGACCAAGGUCGGCGGCGCCGGGGUCACGCGCGAGGUCGUGGAGAAGAUCAGGGAGAAAUGGAGGACGGAGGAGGUGGUCAGGGUCAAGGUCUCCGGCACGCCCGCGCUCAACAUGCGCCUCUUCCACGAGAUACUCGAGAGAAAAACAGGAGGCUUGGUAAUAUGGAGGUCAGGGACUUCAGUUUCUCUGUACAGGGGAAUAGACUAUGAUGAAGCUGAAUCCACUAAGGGGUCAAACAAGGUUUCACAGUCCCUUGGUAUGAAGCCCUCAGUUAACGGGUCUCCAAGUCCUUCCUUACGACCCACUGAGAAAGUGGGCAGCGCACAAGAUAGCAAUGGAGCCUUUAUUUCUAAUUCUGGGAAAGAGGAACUAGUUGAACAAGCACCAGAAAUCAAGUAUGAAGAUGAAAUUGACAAGCUAUUAGAUGAACUUGGCCCAAGGUACAGUGACUGGCCUGGAUCUGAUCCAUUACCAGUGGAUGCAGAUUUGCUGCCUGCAACUAUUCCAGGUUACAAGCCCCCCUUCAGAGUUCUUCCGUACGGUGUUCGGCCAUCUCUUGGCCGAAGGGACAUGACCAAUUUACGCCGUCUUGCCCGGGGAUUGCCUCCUCACUUUGCUCUUGGACGAAGCAGACAACUCCAAGGCUUAGCCAAUGCUAUGGUCAAGCUGUGGGAGAAAAGUUCAAUUGCUAAAAUAUCUUUGAAGAGAGGGGUACAGCUUACCACCAGUGAGAGGAUGGCUGAAGAUAUCAAAAAAUUAACAGGUGGUGUAAUGCUGUCAAGGAACAACGAAUUUAUAGUCUUCUACAGAGGGAAGGAUUUCUUGUCCUCAGAACUUGCUGAGGUGCUUCUAGACAGAGAAAGAUUAGCAAAGUCCCUUCAAGAUGAAGAGCAGGCGCGAUUAAAGGCAGUGUCUUCAUUUUCUUCGAGCAUUGACGCAUAUGUACAACCUACUGUAGCUGGUACUCUAGAAGAGACUCUUGAGGCUAACUCCAAAUAUGGAAAUAAACUGGAUGAGGAUCAUGCGGACAAGAUGGCAAGAACAGUUGCAGCUGCAAGACAUGCUGACCUUGUGAGAAAGCUAGAGUGGAAGCUUGCACUUGCACAAAAAAAGAUGGAGAAAGCUGAAAGGGUACUAGGAAAAGUCGAGACAGCCCUGAAUCCAACUGAAGGUUCCAAGCCGCCUGAAACAAUAACAGAUGAAGAGAGAUUCAUGUUUCGGAAACUUGGUCUAAGGAUGAAGGCAUUUCUGCUCCUUGGCAGAAGGGGAGUUUUUGAUGGAACGAUUGAAAACAUGCACUUGCACUGGAAGUACAGGGAAUUAGUGAAGAUUCUAGUGAAAUCAAAAUCUUUUACAGAAGUCAAGCAGACAGCAUUGUCACUUGAAGCUGAAAGCGGUGGUAUUUUAGUUUCUGUGGACAAAGUCUCCAAAGGCUACGCCAUUGUUGUGUUCCGCGGGAAGAACUACAAACGCCCUUCGACGCUCAGACCGAGGAAUCUCUUGUCCAAGCGGAAGGCUCUAGCUAGAUCCAUUGAGCUUCAGAGACACCAGGCCCUGAGUCGUCACUUUGCAAAGUUGAACAAAAGGGUGGAGCAGCUGAAAGCGGAACUGGUCCAAAUGGAGGGCGUGAAGGAGCAAGGCGACGAGGAGCUGUACGCCAAACUGGACUCCGCGUACUCGAGCGACGAGGAAGACAUGGAGGAUGAGGACGACGAGGCCUACCUCAAGCGCUUUGACGACGAGGUCGCCGGUGCCACCACCGAGGGCAGGACCUCGCUGGACGGCAGCGACCCCGUGUACGACGAGGCCGAUUACCCUGAUUCUGAAGACGAAGCCGGUGAUUACUACGCCGGAGAAGACGAGGGCGACGAGAGCUUCGAUUCCGAAGAUGACGAGGAAGACGAGCCUGCCGGGACUCCCGACGGCGAUUUCCGGAACGAAGCGGAUUUCGAGUCUUCUGCCCGAGAGUACAGGUUAGAAGGCGGUCUGAGUGGAGAGUGUGGCACUGCACGUGAGCCCACGAGCUCGCACGCCGGUGAGCAGCCGACCGAGCUGACUAACACGAGCUCUUGUAGCUAGGCGUUCGUGUAUGUACAGGAGGUAAAAAUCGCAGCAUUAUCUGUCGAUCUAUUCGAUCGC